CGUAGACCGUAGUGCUCUCUUCUCAGGGUGCUGUGCGCGGAGGCUCCCACCGGACACCAAUGGCGGGCCACCGCGGCGGCUCCUCCUCUGCCGCCCCGUCGCCCGCGGCUUUCGCCGCGCGUAUGCUGCUCCUACUCACGCUGCUGCCGCUCGCGCUCGCCGCGUUCGCCUUCGCGCUCCAGUGGCGCGGCGGCCUGCGGGACCCGGCCGGCGCCGCGUGGCCCGCCGACACGCAGCGCUUCCCAGGCAUGGAGAACAGCCCGCUCGGCUCCUCCUCGUCCUCUCCCGGGGCCGGCGGCUCCUACUUCGCCGUUUCCUCCUCCGCGGCCUCCAACGCCGCCGCCGACUGCGCCGAGAUCCUCGGCCGGAGUGCCUCCUCCCACGGAAUCUCGCUCUACCGCGGCUGGAGCUUCGAUUCUGACGCCGCUAUAAUCCCCAAGAUCUGUAUCACGGGAAGUACAUCUGCUAGCCUACACCAGAUUCUUCCAUGGUUGUAUUAUCACAAGGUCAUUGGUGUUUCACAUUUUAUUCUCUUUGUUGAAGGAGAGGCUGCAAAACCAGCAGUUACUUCUGUUCUUGAAUCUAUUCGGGGUGUAAAAGUUAUUUUCAGAACUAAAGAACUGAAAGAGAAACAGGACAAAAGCCGCAUUUGGAAUGAGACUUGGCUGUCAGGUUUCUUUUACAAGCCGUGCAAUUAUGAACUAUUUGUUAAGCAAUCACUUAAUAUGGAGAUGGCUAUUGUUAUGGCAAGGGAUGCUGGAAUGGAUUGGAUCAUUCACCUUGAUACUGAUGAGUUGAUUCAUCCAGCUGGUGCCCGGGAGUACUCUCUGAGGCGUUUGCUUUUAGAUGUUCCUGACAAUGUUGACAUGGUUAUUUUCCCCAAUUAUGAGAGCAGCAUUGAGCGGGAUGACAUCAAAGAUCCAUUUACUGAGGUUUCAAUGUUUAAGAAAAAUUAUGAUCAUCUCCCGAAGGAUACAUACUUUGGCCUAUACAAAGAAGCAACACGCGGUAAUCCAAAUUACUUCCUCACUUAUGGUAAUGGAAAAUCAGCUGCAAGGGUUCAGGAGCAUUUGCGUCCGAAUGGCGCUCAUAGAUGGCAUAAUUACAUGAAAACCCCAAAUGAAAUCAAAUUAGAGGAGGCUGCUAUUCUGCAUUAUACCUACACAAAGUUCUCGGACCUAACUUCAAGGAGGGAUAGGUGUGGCUGCAAGCCAACAAAGGAGGAUGUGAAAAGAUGCUUUAUCUUGGAAUUUGACCGCUUGGCUUUUAUAAUCGCGUCAACAGCAACGGAGGAGGAGACGAGGAACUGGUUCCGAGAACAUGUUGUAUGGAACGACAAAGACACUAAUUUGAAACUUUUGAGGAAGGGUGUCUUAACACGUAUAUAUGCGCCGAUGGCUAUCAUUCGUGGUCUCAAGGAAUCUGGCGUCUUUACCUCUGCAGUAACGUCAGCAAAAGCACACUCGAAAACAAAGUCGUCAAAUAUGGGUCUCGAAAACAAGGAGUCUAUCCGACCAAACACAACAGCUGGUCAAUCCACAUUAGAAGGUAGUAAUGACAAAAUGCAAGCAACUGUAAGAAAGAUCCUAGAAAUGGUUGAUAACCAGGAAGAAGCAAUGCCACCAAUGUCACCCCCUGGUUUUGCCGAGUUGAUCGAAAGUGCUUUGUCAUGAAGUUGUGUGGGAUUCUGGAGGCGUUCUUGACUUUUGUCGCUCCUCGUGGACCAAGAUUUUUAACCAUGCACGCAGCCUUGACCGUAUAUCUGUUUCUUUGGUGCAGAGUGCAGAUCACCACUAGCCUGUUAAUUUGCAUAUUUUUAUAGAUAACACAGGCUUGUUUAUCGUUGUAUCUUGUAACUCUGGGUGUCUCGUACCAAUGUAAAAUGGCAUUUAUCGGGGGGAAAAGAAAGAAAGAAAGGUGAGCCAUCACAGUAGUAUACUAUACAUAAAGCAGGUGAAUACUGUUUCCAGUUUUGAACCUUAGAUUGAUGUAACACUUAUAAACGAGAGGCAUAUAGUUGCACACAAAGCACAUAGUUGAACUGU